AUGCGGGGUUACGGGGUAAAGCUGCCUGAAAUAGCGCCCUGCAACGAGCCACAGCUGUUGCCCGACCUGACUCAGAGACCAGAGACGUGCUACUGGACUACAAAUCUGGAUGAACCUCUUCCAUCGCUGUUCCAGGCCCGGACCACCAUGCAGGUGAACAGCGGGCGUUUCCGCUGUCCGUCCUGCAGACAGGAGGUGGUGCUGGAUCGCCACGGUGUCUACGGGCUGCAGAGGAACCUGCUGGUGGAGAACAUCAUCGACGUCUACAAAGAGACGCUCAACGAUGCAACCAGCCCCCUCCCUUCUGCUCCACUGCCUGAUCAGUUUCCAACAUGUUCUGACCAUGAGGGAGAAAAAGUGAACAUCUACUGUAUCACCUGUAAGGUUCCUACAUGUUCCCUCUGCAAAGUGUUUGGGGCCCAUCAGUCCUGUCAGGUGGCUCCUCUGACAGACAUCUACGAGAAACAGAAGGAUGAGUUGAGGGAAGAAGUUACUUCUCUGGCAGCGUUCAGGGCCAGAGUCCAGGCUGUCAUCAGUGACCUGGAGAAAAGCUGUAAAAACGUUGAGGUAUGUCUGUCUUCUAUCCAUCCUUCCAUCCAUCCAUCCAUCCAUCCAUCCAUCCAUCCAUCCAUCCAUCCAUCCAUCCAUCCAUCCAUCCAUCCAUCCAUCCAUCCAUCCAUCCAUCCAUCCAUCCAUCCAUCAUGA